GUUUCAUUCUUCGACUGAUUUUUCUUUGUCUUCCUCUCUCCUAGGGUUAGGGUUUCUGGAGUUUGUUUGUUUGUUUCUUUCUUUCUUUCUUCGUUACUUUGUUCUUCUCUGCAACUUUUUCUUCCUUGUUUGCGAGCUUUCUUCAACAAUGGCGCAGGAGAAUGUUGCAAUCGUUGAUGCUGAGAAGAACGGUGGAGUCGAGAACGGCAGCUCCAAAGCCGUGACCUUCUAUGCUCUCAAGCCUCAUCUUGUGAUCCCAGGUUCAAAGGCCAACGAGGCUGUUCUGUUUUACAGAGAUGCUUUUGGAGCAGAUGAACUGAAGAGAGCUAUGCAUCCAAAGAGGAAGGCUGAACAAGAGUUCCUUCUCAUCCUCUCCGCGGAACUCAAGAUUGGUUCCUCUGUUUUCUUGGUCUCUGACCAGGCCAACGACACCGAUGCUGUUGGCUCCGCCGUGUUCUGCCUUGAAACCGACGAUGUUGACCGCUCAAUCAACAAGGCAGUGGCUGCCGGCGCUGCGAUCAUUGGUGAGAUAACGGAGGGCGAGGGCGGUUACUUCGAUGGACGCGUCGGGAAGGUGAAGGACCCCUACGGUUACAUUUGGACGAUCUUUGCUCCGGCGGAGGGCUGCGGAAACGAUGAAGCAGUUUGAAGAAGGAUUGACCGGCCGUUUGGAACGAUUUAACUGAUUAAUGGCCCCUUCCCACUCGUUUUUGUCUAGUUUCUCUGUAAUCUUCAUUCUGAAGAAGUUUCAACUUUUCUGACAUAGUUUUAAUUGGAAAGUAUUUUGUCAGACAAUGGAAGGCUAGGAUUGUUAUAUGCUUCAGAUGGGAGAUGUAAAUUGAAAAUUUGGAAUGAUUAGAAUAUUAGAAUGGAAGAAUUUUUAGUAGUUUAUGUUUA